CUGGGGUCCACGGGGUGGAGGGAGCUGCAGGUGGAGCAGGUGGGUGGGUGGCCUGCCUGCCCACCUGGGAUGCUCUUUGGACGUCCAGGGACCAUGGGUCCAGGAGGCGUCGGGAGGUCGGAUGGCCGGCCGGGGUGUGUACGUUGCAGGAGCAUCUGCCCCGUGGAAUUCUAGCCACCAUCUGGGAUGAGAUGGCUCAGGGUGGACGGGGAGGUGAAGCACAGAUGUCUGCGGUCCAGGCCUGGGCCUGGCCACAGUCAGGGCGUGGGGAGAGAGAAGGGGUGGCAGUGAUGGAAGGAGAGCAGGGCUCAGGGGAGCAAGGACUGGCCGGCUGAGUGUCCAGUGCUGGCAGAGACCUGGACGCAGGGAGUGACCACGGGAUUGGCCUGUGCAUGUGUGACCUUGGUCCGAGCUUGUCUGUGGCGGAGCCAGCAGACGGGCUGUGGAGAGAGGAGAGGCGAGAGGUGGAGGAGGGAGUGGGCAGGGUGCAGGGAUGAGGGUUUUCAUUGUAAUGUUUAUAUGGAUGCUGCUACGCUUGCUGUGUGCUGAUGGGAGUCUGCUGGCCAGGGUCCAGAGAGGACCCCAGAGGGGCUGGUGGCCAGAAGCCUGGCCCAGGCAGAGGCUGAGGGCUGACCGAGUGCUGUGGGGGGCUGGACAUGGGGAUUAGGCUGGUGUCUCCUGAGUCCGAAUGUCACUUGUUCGCUCUUCCCUUUGCCUUGAUGUCUGUUUCUCUUUUGUAGAAUUAAAACGAGGAAUUUCCCAAGACUUGAUUUCUUCCCCCAAAUUAGACAAAUACAAAAUAGCAAGACAAUUAACGGACAAGGCAAUCAAGGAAAAGAAGAUCUUCUCCAUCUACGGACACUCCCCGGUGAUCCGGGCCUCCCUGCGGAGGAAGGGCUGGGUGGAGAAGAGGUUCCACUUUCUGCCCAAGGUCGUUCCGAGUGUCAAAGACGAAGGGGAAGGAGUGCCAGAAAACAAACGUGCUGAAGGCAAAGAAAGUCAAGAAGUGGCUUUGGGGAAAACAGACGACAUCCACGAUGUGAUGUCCAGGUUGGUAAAAAAUGAAACACCGUACUUCCUCUGGACAAUCAAAAGGGACAUCAUUGACUAUCACAGUCUGAGCUGCGACCAGAUGCUGAAUCACUACGGGAAGACGGCGUCCUUCACCACCAAGAUUGGGCUGUGCGUGAGCCUGCGGAGCCUGCCGUGGUACGUCCAGGCCAACCCCGACUCCUUCUUCCCACGCUGCUACGGCCUCUGCACCGAGAGCGAGAAGCGAGAGUUCCUGGAUGACUUCCGGCGCACGGUGGCCUCCAGCAUCCUCAAGUGGGUGGUCAGCCACCAGAACUGCAGCAGGAGCACACCCAAGGGCUGGAGGGAAGAGGCCGGUGACAGUGACUCCAGCAACAAGCAAGUUCCUGAGAGCACAGGAUCGAGGCUCACAGGCCUCUCAGGGCAGCUGGUGGACAUCGCGUGCAGGGCGUGCGAGGCCUACCUGGGGCGGCUGGAGCACGAGGACAUCGACCUCUCUGAAGACGCCGCCAAGGACCUCACGGAGGACGAGUGGAAGGACCUGACCCAGCAGUACUACAGGCUCAUUCACGGCGAGGCGUUCAUCUCCAAUUCCAGAAAUUACUUUUCGCAGUGCCAAGCUCUGCUGAAGAAAAUCACCUCUGUGAACCCUCAGACGGAGAUCGACGGGCUUCGGAACAUCUGGAUCGUAAAGCCCGCGGCCAAGUCCCGGGGCCGAGACAUAGUGUGCCUGAACCACGUGGAGGAGAUCCUGGAGCUGGUGGCUACAGACCCACCCCCCGCCAAGGGCAACAAGUGGGUGGUGCAGAAGUACAUCGAGACACCGCUGCUCAUCUACGACACCAAGUUUGACAUCCGGCAGUGGUUCCUGGUCACCGACUGGAACCCGCUGACCAUCUGGUUCUACAAGGAGAGCUACCUGCGCUUUUCGACGCAGCGCUUCUCCCUGGACAAUCUGGACAGCGCCAUCCACCUGUGCAACAACUCCAUCCAGAAGCACCUGAAGAACGACGAGGACCGGAGCCCCCUGCUGCCGGGUCACAACAUGUGGACCAGCACCGAGUUCCAGGAGUACCUGCAGAAGAGGGGCCGCGGGGCCGUGUGGGGCAGCGUCAUCUACCCGUCCAUGAAGAGGGCCGUCACCAACACCAUGAAGGUGGCCCAGGACCAUGUAGACCCGCGGAAGAACAGCUUCGAGCUGUACGGCGCCGACUUCAUCCUCGGGUGCGACUUCAAGCCCUGGCUGAUCGAGAUCAACUCUAGCCCCACCAUGCAUGCGUCCACGCCGGUCACGGCCCAGCUCUGUGCGCAGGUGCAGGAGGAUACCAUCAAGGUGGUGGUGGACCGCAAGGUCGACCGAAACUGCGACGUUGGCAACUUCGAGCUGCUGUGGAGACAGCCUGCAGUGGAGCUGCCCCCCUUCCCGGGGUCCGACCUCUUCGUGGAAGGGGUGGGUGUGUGGAAAGCCAAGAAGCAGAUGCCGCCCAUCUCCAACUUUGACUUUGCAUCUCCGCUCUUGGACAUUCAUCCACCAAGGGAGAGGUGCCCCCCGGCCAUGCCACACCUGGCUCCGGGACCACCACGAAUGGCUCUCCAGCAAGACUUGAAACUGAAAGACGAAAAGGUACUUCCUUGCACCUUGCCUGUGCUCUAAAAGAGGCUGGCGGAGAGAAGUGCUAAAGUAAAGUGCGGCCACAGGGAGUUUGGGGAAGAUAGAGCCCCCCACCUGUACCUUUCAGCACCUAGACAAUAAGGCCCUGAGCUCUGCUCUUGCCAGGGCCGAAUCAGACAAACACUUGGAUCCAAACUUAUUAAAUGUGCACCCACUGCGUCCCUUCUUCCGAGCGUGAAGACAGUGGAGAGCGCUCAGUUUCAGCUGCCCAGACCAUCAGGGCUGCCAAGGGCCCUCCCAGCGCCGUGCCUAGUGUGCCGUGGCUCGCUGCCGCCCGCCGGUCCCUGCAAACGCCAUCCUGCAGGGUGCCUCCGUCGUGCCCCUCGGCAACGGGCCGGGCGGCGGCCUGUGCACCCCGUGACACCAAGGCCCAGGCCCCACGGCCUCCAGUGCGUGGCGUGCUUCUCUGGAAACCUAGACAUAGAUGAGGGACCUUGUACACAGAGCUAUUUUAGCGAAGUUGUGCAGUCUUCACCAUGGUAUUUCUUGUGGAGCCUCAGUCCCCACCCUCUCCCAGUGCCUGCACCCCAUGCCCACCCACAUCCCAGGCCCCUCGCCCUGCAUCCCACGUGCCA